CGAUGCAACACGCCAUGUUGGCAGCGUUGGUCAUCACCUGCCUGCUGCCGGCGACUGACGCCGGCUUCCCGAAGGUGGUGGCGACGCAGGGCGAGCCCUGGCCAACACCCGAGGGUCUCCAGCUGACCAAUAAGUCGCUGCUGAUCGCACUGCCAGACCGCUUCGAGUUCCGCGUGACGGGCGGUCAGUGCGCCGAGCUGUGGGAGGCUGUGCUCCGCUACCAGGAGGUCGUGCGCGGCCUGGCCGGCCCUGCACGUCGGACCCGGCGGCGUCCGGGCGCCGCCCAGCCGGAGCUGGAGGUGCGCGGCGAGCUUCCAGGGUCGAGGUGAACCUCACCAGCAGCUGUGCCGGCGCGCCGACGCCCGAGUUCGGCAUGGACGAGACGUAUCGGGUGGACGUCGACGCCGCCGACAGCGGGACAGGCGUGGCCUUCGUCACGGCCGACAGCCUGUGGGGCGUGCUGCGCGGCCUGGAGACGUUCACGCAGCUCAUGUUCUCCAACGGCGAGGGCGGUCUGUACAUCCGACAGGCGUCGAUCGCUGAUCGACCGCGCUACUCCCACCGUGGCGUCCUCCUGGACACGUCGCGGCACUACUUCCGGAUCAGCACCAUCAAGGACUUCCUUGACGCCAUGGCGAUGAACAAGUUCAACGUCUUCCAUUGGCACAUCGUCGACGACCAAUCUUUCCCCUUUGUGAGCAUCAAAUAUCCUGCUUUGGCGGAGGGCGGUGCCUACUCUGAAGACAUGGUGUACACAGUCGAGGACGUCGAGGAUAUCAUCGAAUAUGCCCGCGUGCGCGGAAUUCGGGUCAUCCCCGAGUUUGAUACGCCAGGACACACGGAGUCCUGGGGAGUUGGCCUGCCAGGCUUCACCACCACCUGCUACGGGGACGACGGCCUCCCCGAUGGCACUUUCGGCCCCGUCGACCCGAGUAACGAGGACGUGUAUACACUGAUGACGCAUCUGCUGGAGGAGAUAGUGAUGCGCUUUCCCGAGAAGUACAUCCACCUGGGCGGGGACGAGGUGAGCUUCGGUUUCAACUGCUGGCUCUCCAACCCGCAGAUCCAGGCCUGGAUGAAGUCGCUCAAUAUCUCGACCCCGCAGGAGAUUGAGAGCGUCUACAUCGCGCGGCUGCUGAGCCUGGUGGAGGCGCUACCGACCAGUCCCGAGUAUGUCAUCUGGCAGGAGGUCAUUGACAACGAUAUCCAAGUCAAGCCGGCCACCAUCGUUGAGGUGUGGAAGGGCGGCUGGGAGGCUGAGAUGAACAAAGUGACUGGCCAAGGCCUGCGCGCCAUCCUCUCCUCCUGCUGGUACCUGGACCACAUCAACAAUGGCAACGACUGGCAGACGUACUACAACUGCGAGCCGGAGAGUUUUGGUGGCACGGACGCACAGAACCAGCUGGUGAUUGGUGGCGAGGCCUGCAUGUGGAGCGAGUACGUGGACGACACGAACGUGAUGCCUCGCGUCUGGCCGAGGGCCUCCAGCGUGGCCGAACGGCUCUGGUCGCCGAAGGACACCGAGCACAAUGGACACACUGGCCGCAGGAUGGAAGAGCACAGGUGUCGGAUGGUGGGACGCGGCUACGACGCGGAACCACCGAACGGUCCCGGAUUUUGUUAACACGUAAUGCGACGUCUGUGGGGCUGCCGAAGAUAACGACCGGGACCGCCCUUAAGGCGGCGCGUCACGUCCGUGACGUGGGGCACUGGUGGUCAAUGAGGCAGCAGUUGACGUUAGUUGGCCG